AUGCCGUGGCUCUUCUGCUUGUGUGUCGUGCUCCUGCUAGUUCGGGUCUCCCGUGAGCUGAACAACAUUAGUCGAGCCAGGAGAUUGUGCGGCAGGCAUCUGCUGCAAGAAAUAGUAAAACUCUGUGGCACUGUUAACUGGAGCCACAGUGAGGAGGAAAAGCCUUUCACACAGCUGCUUUCCCAGGCCUCGGAGAAGGUCGAAACCUUUAUCCCUGACCGGUUAGAAAGCUCGCAAACCACUUUCCCGGUCUGGAGGAGAGCGACAAACCCAGUCUCUACUUUUGCCUCUCAGGAAGAAGCAUUAAACAAUUUGAAGAUGCAGUCACUGUCUGAGCAUCAGUACAAAAAGGCCAACUUGCCUUUUAAGACAAGAUAAGAGAUAUUUUCCUCAUCACAAGAUAUCAGUCCAUAUAUUCAUGAGAUUGUAGAAUUUCAGAAGAAAAAUACAAACAAAAUUAAAACCUUAAACAAUUUGUUUUGGGGGAAUCAUCCCCAAAGAAAGUGCAGAGGAUACUCAGAAAAAUGUUGUCUGAAGGGAUGUACAAAAGAACUUAUUAUUGCAUGCCUUCCAUAUAUUGAUUAUAAAAACUUAAAGAAGCAUCAGCAGUUGUGACUGAGAUGUACUAACCAUCAUAGGAAUUAUACUAACUUAAUAAAUAGCUUAAUAUAUUUUACUUUUAAUUUUGGUGAUUGUCCUUGUAAGUUCUCUACUGUGAACAACAUCUGAAUGUACUUGCAAGCACUUGACAAUAUUUUAUGGUGGUAAUAGGAAUCUUAGUAUUUUCUUUGGUGCCCUAUUUUUCAUAUAUUUUUAUAUUUGAAGAAGAUGUUACCGGACAUGGCAUGAUCAUUGUAGACAUCUAAGAAUUAACCGGUUUAUUUUUGUCAGUAUGAUUGAAACUCUCUUAAGCUACAUUUAAAUGGAUUAUGGAAUGUUCUGCAUUCCAUGUGUAUGAUAUACAGACUGGUGCCCAUGACUAUUACGCUCACUCCAGUAUGCUAAUACAUCUGUCCUACCAAUUUAAAACUAACUAAUCAACUACUACUCCUAGUAGGAGCUCUUAUACUGCAAUAGUAGGUACAUUUAAAAUUCUUUGUGUUUUAUAAUAGUAACUGGUCAGUCAGAAGUUUUUUCAGUUUCUAUUGAGGACUUAGAGUUCAGUGACUUUCUUUAGGUUGUAAUCUCUCUCCAGGAUCCUCUGUCUUUGCUUUGAAGGUACUGAUAUAAUGUGAAAUUUUAUUCUGCCUUGGUCAGAAUAGAGGGCUGACCAGGUUAGCAGUGUCAGCAUCACCUGGGAACUUGUUAGAAAUAUAGUUCUAAUGUCCUCCCCCAGACCUACUGAAUCAGAAACUCUGGGUAUAGGGCUCAGUGGUCUGCAUUUUUAUAGGCCUUCUGGGUCAUUCUGAAGUAGGUUAAAGGUUGAGAACCACUGGUAAUAGAGUCACUAUAUGAAUAUUGUAGAAAUUCUGCUAUUUAUGUGCUUUCGUAUCUCAACUCAAUAUAGAUGUUAUAACACUUAAGUUUUUGGUGUGUUUUUCCACUUUAUGUCCACAUGUGAAGAUUUUUUAAUGCUACAUAUUAAUGCUACAUAUAAAGUUUAUACAUAGAAUCAAAAGUGGAAUUCCUACUUUUCUGCCAUUAAUUAGGGGGUAAGUAUCAUUUGAAAUCUUUUUCUAGUUUCUUUCCCAAAUAUGUACUGUAAUGUUCUUUUUAGUUAAAUUUUUAAAUUCCUAUUUGGCUCUGUUAUUUCUUAGGACAAAGGUUCUUUUCCACAUAUCUAUAUAAUAUACACUUACAAUGCAUUAAUAUGUUUGAAUUUUUUUGCGUAUAUUGAAUCCUUGCAUUCCUGGGAUAAACCCCACUUGAU